AUGAGGAAUAGUCGUUCUGCUUUGCUAAUUUUCUCUGUUCUGAGUCAUAUCCUGGUUGUUCAAUAUGUUGAGGGGAAGGAGACUUGUCCAUCCUACUACUGUAAUGAGAUAGUAGGCAAUAUUCAUUUCCCUUUCAAGAAUAGUUCGCAUCCUCCUGAAUGCGGGCUGUACACAAUCGAUUGCUCCAACCCUUCUCGUCCGAAGAUCCAACUGAUAGAGGGAGGAUACUGGCAUGACCUUGAUAGCAUUUCUCAAACAAAUACAAUUAAUAUCAACGACAGAGAGCUACUAAGCCCCUUGCCAAUAGAUCACUGCAGUGAUGAAGUUCUCAUGGAUAUGAGUCUUCCCACCCCCUCUCCACUCUUUGAUCUAUUGUACACACACAAUCUGACCCUCUUCAAAUGUAACCUGGCUCUGGAAACUCCUGCACCUGGAAACAAGGUCGUAAUUAAAGUCUCAAUAGCAGCUGCUGCAGUUUCUGUUAGUGUGAUUCUACUGCUCACUGCUUAUUGCAUAAGGAGAAACCAAUCAUCCAACAAAACUAUUUUCUUUUUGAAAAAGAAAAUCCAGAAUUUUCAACUUGUCGAUGAGGAGUUCCUAAGGAACUAUGGACCACUACAAGUUAGAAGAUAUAGCUAUUUGGACGUCAAGGAAAUGACCAACUCCUUCAAUGAAAAAUUAGGACAGGGAGGCUAUGGCGAUGUAUACAAAGGAAGACUUAAUGAUGGUUCUCUCAUAGCAGUGAAGGUCUUGAACAGAUCAAAAGGUAAUGGAGAAGAAUUUAUGAACGAGGUCGCAGCCAUUAGUAGAACUUCCCAUGUCAAUAUUGUCAGCUUGUUGGGGUUUUGCUUUGAGGGUUCAAAAAGAGCUCUUAUAUAUGAAUUCAUGCCUAAUGGAUCUCUUGAAAAGUUCAUAUUUGAUGCAAAUACGUCCCUAGCUAAAGAUCAUCACUUGGGAUGGGAAAUGUUGGAACAAAUUUCUCUUAGCAUUGCUGGAGGACUAGAGUAUUUACAUCGUGGCUGCAACACAAGAAUUUUGCAUUUUGACAUUAAGCCACAUAACAUUCUUCUUGAUGAGAACUUCUCACCGAAGAUAUCUGAUUUCGGCCUUGCUAAAAUAUGUAAGGGAAAUGAGAGUAUUGUGUCAAUGUUGGGUGCAAGAGGUACUUGUGGAUACAUUGCUCCAGAAGUUUUCUGUAGAAAUUUUGGUGGUGUCUCACACAAAUCCGAUGUGUACAGCUACGGAAUGAUGCUUUCGGAGAUGGUUGGGGGAAGAAAGAACAUCAACGCUGAAGUUGAAAAUACUAGUGAGAUAUAUUUUCCACACUGGAUCUACAACCGUCUUGAAUUGGAUCAAGAACUUGGCCUGCAGCGCAUCAUGAAUGAGGAAGACAAAGUAAGAGCAAGGAAGAUGAUAAUAGUGAGCUUGUGGUGCAUACAAACCGACCCUUCAAAACGGCCAUCCAUGAAACAAGUGAUAGAAAUGUUGGAAGGGAGUGUUGAAUCCUUGCAGAUACCACCGAAGCCUUACUUGUCUUCUCCUCCAAAAUCCCCUGCACAUUCUUCUACUACAUCAGUAUCAAUACAAUAG